AUAAUCAAAUGCCAUUUCAAUUUUUUGAAUGUCAUUAUUUUUUUUUGUUUUGCUUAAAUGAUCAUGAACUUUUAACCGAUUGAAAAAAAGGAAUUGACAUUUUUUGUUAUUAACCCGUUUCGAUUGAAUUAAUUUGAUGAUGCAUUAAAUGGUCAUAUAAAAAGCCACACUUUACAAUCAUAUUCUUAUCAUCACAUAUAUUAAUCCAUUAAAAAUUUGAUUGAAAAAGAAAAAUUUUCACGUUUAAUAAAACAACACAAUCGACGACUGAAACAAAAAUGAAAGCCUCUUUGUUUAUUGGAUUUUUAUUGGUGGCCAUAAUGGUAAUCGUAGCCAAAGCUCAAGUUAUUGAUGAUGAUGAACAAUUUGACAUUUCAAGAAAAGAUGGUGAAAAAUUUGAUAAAAAAAAUCCCAAACUUCAAGGCUUCUCGUUUGCUAGUAUUCGAAAAAAUAUUAAAUUCUUAGUGAUUGGAAGAUAUGGUUAUUUUGAGAAAGCUAAAGAAUUCUUGAGAUGUUUGAAUCUCAAAAUUCUAGAAUCAUGUUCAGCACAAAUAAUCGAAUGUUUGAAAACAGAAAAUCCAAAAAUUUGUAUGGCAUCUCUUUUCUGUGGUGGAGAACAAAUCAGGGAAUGUUUACAUCAUCUGCCAAAUGAACCACUAGUAAACUAAAAAAAAAAAAAAACAACAACUGAUUUUUAAUUGAUCAUUUUUUUUGUUGAAAUUUUUUUUUUUUGAACUUUAUAAUUUACUUUGAACAUAUAUUUUAAUCAAUUUGUUUGAAAAUGUCAGCUUUUUUCAUUGGUUUAAAUGUUAUAUAAAUGAUCAUGAACUUUUAAUCGGUUGAAAAUAAAAAAAUUGCCAUUUCUUUGUUU